AUGGGGCCGGAGGAGGAAGGCGGCCGCGCCGGCGCGCCGGAGACGAAGGAGAAGAGAGAGAUACUGCCGUCGACGAUAAAGAACAAGGAGAGGAGGUCGGCCGUCCACGCCAAGCUCAAGCAGCAGAAGAAGCUCGAGAAGCGGAAGAAGCUCAAGGAACGCGACGCCGCCGAGAAGCGCGCCCUCGAGCUCGGCGAGGAGCCUGCGCCGAAGAAGAUCCCUCGCACGAUCGAGAACACACGAGAGUUGGACGAGACGGUCUGCCGGCCCGACGAUGAGGAGCUGUUUGCGGGAAACGACUGCGACGAAUUCAGUUCCGUAUUAAAGCGCGAGCGUGCUCCGAAGAUAUUGCUCACCACUUGCCGGUUCAAUUCGACUAGGGGUCCUGCUUUUAUAUCGGAAUUGCUGGAGGUUAUCCCAAAUUCUCAAUACUUCAGGAGAGGAACCUAUGACUUGAAGAAGAUCGUUGAAUAUGCAAAUCACAAAGAGUUCACUUCUGUCGUCGUUGUUCACACAAACCGGAGGGAGCCAGAUGCUCUUUUAAUUAUCGGCCUACCAGAUGGACCAACUGCACACUUCAAGCUCUCCAAGCUCGUACUACGUAAGGAUAUCAAGAAUCAUGGAAAUCCAACUAGUCAUGAACCUGAGCUUGUACUGACUAAUUUUACAACUCGCUUGGGUCAUCGUGUUGGAAGGCUAAUACAGUCAUUAUUUCCACAAGAACCAAAUUUCCGUGGUCGGCGAGUUGUGACUUUCCAUAACCAGCGAGAUUUUAUAUUCUUUCGCCAUCAUAGGUACAUCUUUGAUAGUAAAGAAAGUAAACACACUGACUCAAAGGAUAAAAAGAUGAAGAAUGACGAGGGUGAGAAGGUUCCUCAAGAGAAAGUAAUUGCUCGGCUUCAGGAGUGUGGUCCUCGUUUUACACUCAAGUUGGUUAGUCUGCAGCAUGGAACAUUCGAUACUAAAGGUGGCGAAUACGAAUGGGUUCACAAGCCCGAAAUGGACACCAGCAGGAGGAGGUUCUUUUUGUGAUUUUGAGUUGUGUCGAGAGAGAUCUUGUGGAGUUUGAAGCCCAGAAAUGGAAGUAUUUCUGGUCAAGCGAGACUGUACACCUGGAAAAAUGAAGGAUUUCUAGGAUUCGUAGUCACCUUUUUGAUCUGAUAGCAAUUAGCUCUGUAUUUCUGUCGAGUGACUGUACACUGGCAGAUGAGUCUCUUGCUGGUAGAGAAUUCUUCCAUUCUUUUCAGGAAGUUUUUGUUUUUGCAGUUUCUACAUUACCUAUGUAAACUUCUAUUUCCUGCUGACAGGAUACAGUCUUUUCAUACAUAUUCAUUCUUCUCUUAA